UGACGCAUCUCGCUCAGGCGCUGUAGGACAACCGGAUAACGGGCACCGAGAAGGGGGAACGGGAGCAAAACGCGUCAGUCCGACAGACGUUGACGGGGUUCCAUUGUAUAACGCGGCCCUAAAGUCUUUACUCUCACUCCGGCUUUUAUUUUUAAUUUGUAUUUUUUUUAAAUCCACCUCGCUUCUUCCUAUCCGUCUCGCCGCGGAGGCGGAGACGCAGCGCGGCGGCGGCGGGGCUCGGCGCGGCGGAGGACCCGCACAUGUCUGCGCGGUGAGGGAGCGUUUGUUUCCCCCCCCCCCCCCCCGCCCUGACGCGGCUUCAGAGGACGGCAGGAGGAGGUUGCUUGGAGGGGUUCAAACCGCGACGAAAAAAAAAGCUUUCCCACCUCUGAGAGAAAUAGAGGAAAAAGAAAGAAGCAGGUGCGGUCGAGGGACGAGUCCGUUUAAAUAAAAAUUAAAAAAAAGAAGCGAGAAGGACAACAGUGAUGCGGCAGCCGAGGUGGGCCCAGAUUGAUGAUUUUAUGAUAUCAUCAUCCACCGCCAGGACCGAUCACUGAUUGUAUUGACAAGGAGCAAAUACGCUAUAAACUGACCUGGGUGCCGUUUUCUUUUUUUUUUUUUUUUUGAGCGCGGAUAAACAGGAGGGGGUUAAUCUGUGUUUGAUUACGGUGCUUUCUUUGCCGGAGGAGCACAAUUUCUAGCAACACAUCUCCAAAUUUAGGCCGAUGACUUAGUCCUCGCGCGCGCGCGUGUGUGUGUGUUUGUGUGUGUGUGUGACGCCAAUACAGCAGCAGAGAGGCGUGUGAGUGUGUCUCCGUGCGGGAGAGAAAGAGGGAGAGACGCGCCUGUCUGAGCAUCAUCUGGUAGCUGCACAGGCUACUCCUCCACGGGGAUGAUACACACGCGAUUUUUUUGCCUGUGCGUGAAAUAAACAGAAGAGACGAAGAUGAUGAUGCUGAUGCUGAUGCUGCCGCUGCCAUUUCCUGUCCGGCUCUGAUAAGAGACAGCGAGGCGCACAGCACGGGACUGGACAUCCUGAAAAUCUUUCUCCUCACCUCUCCUCCGCCUCUGCACCUUCUAUCCCCCCCCCUCCUCCUCCCCGCCCCCUUACCUUCCCUCCCUUCCCCUUCAACCCCCACCCCAUCUUGCUCUUCCUCCACAACUUUUUGAUUCAUUCUGAUAAAUUGCUAAUCCGCCUGUGAUUCAUAAAAGCCACCCACUUCUUCAUCCGUUCCACCAUCCUCUCACCCAUUCACCCAUAUAUCCCCUCAAGCGCCCCCUUCCCCCCCGCAAAAAGGCACGCACGGACGCACCACCGCCGCGUCACCGCCUCCAGCCGCCAUGGAGACGACCAAGCUGCCCCCGACCAGCCCGUCCUCGCCGACGACCAGCUUCUCGGUGCCGUCCGCGGAGAAGGUGGACGGCUUCCCGCGGAGGUCGAUGCGCAGGGCCCGCCAGAGGAGGUCCCACAGCUCGUCCCAGUUCCGCUACCAGAGCUCCCAGGUGGAGCUCACUCCACUGCCCCUGCUCAAAGAUGCCCCGGUGGCAGAGUUACACGACCUGUUCUGUAAGAAGCUGCAGCAGUGCUGCGUUCUGUUUGAUUUCCUGGACUGCGUGGCCGACCUGAAGGGGAAGGAGAUCAAACGCGCGGCCCUCAACGAGCUGGUGGAGAGCGUGGCCACGAGCAGAGGAGUCCUCAUAGAGCCUCUGUACCCAGAGGCCAUAAAGAUGAUCUCGGUAAAUAUCUUCCGUACUCUCCCACCGAGCGAGAAUCCAGAGUUUGACCCUGAAGAAGAUGAGCCAACACUCGAAGCCUCCUGGCCGCAUCUGCAGCUGGUGUACGAGUUCUUUCUGCGUUUCCUUGAGAGCCCGGACUUCCAGCCCUCCAUGGCAAAACGCUACGUUGACCAGAAGUUUGUCCUGCAGCUCCUGGAGCUGUUUGACAGCGAGGACCCCAGAGAGAGGGAGUACCUAAAGACCAUCCUGCACCGUGUCUAUGGAAAACUACUGGGCCUCCGAGCCUACAUCCGCAAACAGAUCAACAACAUCUUCCUCAGGUUCAUAUACGAAACUGAGCACUUCAACGGCGUAGCGGAGCUUCUGGAAAUCCUUGGCAGCAUCAUAAACGGCUUCGCGCUGCCCCUGAAGGCCGAACACAAGCAGUUCCUGGUUCGCGUCCUCAUCCCGUUACACACGGCAAAGUCCCUUUCCAUCUUCCACGCACAGCUGGCCUACUGUGUGGUGCAAUUUAUGGAGAAAGAUGCUACAGUGACUGAAUAUAUCAUCAGAGGGCUCCUCAAGUACUGGCCAAAAACCUGCACGCAGAAAGAGGUGAUGUUCCUGGGGGAGAUUGAGGAGAUCCUGGACGUGAUCGAGCCGUCUCAGUUCAUCCGGGUCCAGGAGCCGCUCUUCAAGCAGAUCGCAGCCUGCAUCUCCAGCCCUCACUUCCAGGUAGCGGAGCGGGCUCUUUACUUCUGGAACAACGAAUACAUCCUCAGUCUGAUCGAGGAGAACUGUCAAGUCAUCCUGCCGCUGGUGUUCGCCACCCUCUACAGAGUCUCCAAGGAGCACUGGAACCAGACCAUCGUGUCUCUGAUCUACAACGUGCUGAAGACCUUCAUGGAGAUGAACAGCAAGUUGUUUGAUGACCUCACUGCCUCCUACAAAGUGGAGAAACAGAAGGAGUUGAAGCGAGACAGGGAGCGUGCAGAUCUGUGGCGAGGCCUGGAGGAGCACCAGGACCGCCGGAUGCAGAUGCUCACAGACGCGGCCAGGAACCAGCGCAACCUCCAGGACCGAGGCGAGAGAGGGGACCCGCCGACCCCUUCGUCCCCGCAGACGUCCAUCUCCGACCAGAACGAGCCCAAGCCCGGCGGAGCCUCCUCUUCCUCCUCCUCCUCCGGAGGCGGGGAGGGCACCACCUAGGUGCCCGCUCGGCAAAGAUUGGAUAGCACAGGGGUUAAGGGGACAGGGAGAAGGCGUGAGGUGGAUGGGGAAAGUGUUGGGAGAGAAAAGGUACAAAACAAAUCCACUGUUUUUUUUUAUCCUGGAUCAUUGAGAGCGUGGCUUUUUGUGAAAAAGCGCACAAACUUGGUGGUCCGAGGUAAACACCGCACCUUUUUAUUUCUGACCGACUUGUGUGAAACUGGUUCCCUUUUUGCUGUACACACAUUACGUUGCAGAUGAGAAGAUGAAUAUUGUCCGAAAGUGCAGACAGUAGUCACAAUAAGCGGCUGGUUUAUCAAACUGCAGGUCAGUAUUCAAAAUUUGUAGCUGGCCUGCUUCAAAUCAGCCUUAAAAUGAGAGAGGAAAUUUCUCUUUUGGUGCAACGUUAACCAAGUUGAACACGGGUCUAACUUGAUAUUCAACCGACCGAGUCAGAGUCUGUACUGUGGCCACGUAUUUCUCUUUUGGUCAGAGAUGCUUAUUUCAUGCGUGGAUAGCACAAUGCAUUAAUAAACAAAAGAAGCAAUUUCACACAAAUGUCCCCAAACUGUUGUUGAACAGACCAGACACACACACAAAACCUCACACACAGAAACACACACACACACACACACACACAGCGGCAGGUAUAUAUUCACUGUAAAUAUGAGAAGACAGAGAUACAGGAGAAAGUGUAUCCAGGUCAAACAAAUCUCUCACAGAAACACGCAAUUGAUACACCAAAACGUUUCAUACAGGUUUACAGGCCCAAAGACACACACACACACACACACACACGCAGAGCUGGUUCUGGCGCUAACUUCUCUCCCAUUCUGAUGGGGUCCCACCAAAGGACGAGUCUAAAGUCUCUCAAGGUUAAAUAACCACUGAUGAAGAUGAUGAAAAUGAUAUAAAGUACAAUACUGUUCCUUCUUCUUACUUGUUACUCUACUACUACUACUCUACUCUAAGUACUACUGAUGAUGAUGAUGGUGAUGAUGAUGAUGAUAAUGAUAAUGUUUUUAUAUAUAUACAUAUAUAUAUAUAUAUACAUAUGUCUCUGGAUAUUUCUGUAGUGUAUAAUGGGAGAAACACUAGUGUAGCAGAUACCAUAAAGGGGAAGGCCGGCUUGAAUUUUGAAUUCACAUCACGUGUUACCUGUAUGAGGCCAUAUUGUGAGUACUGAAAUUCAGCAGAAUUCCCCCUUAACAGACCUUAAAGAGGGGAGGAAUGAACUGGGUUGGCAGUGGCUGUUUUUCUUUUCUUUUAAAUUUGGGAUGUUUGUGGUGCGAUAGGUAUAUUUUAAAGGGGUAUUUCGUAACAAAAUCCAAAAACAUUCCAUGUUCAAAGAUUAUGUUUCAUAUUUAUUUUGUUUAAAGGUGACCUGCGGAGCUUUUUUAUGUAGACAAACAAAGUUAAGAGUUUGACAAAUCAAAUCGAAUGCAUUUCCUUCGUCGCCAAACAUGAGGUCACCGUAAAAAAAAAACAGACAUAUUCUAACCAUUGUUUACGUACAUGUUUACCUGCUGGCAAGCUCCUUCUUGCCCGUCUUCGUUGGCAUAUUGCAGAGUUUCGUUGCACUUUUCCGCCACCAACUGCAGUACAAACAUGAUGGAGACCCGCCCAUAAAAAUAUGACUCUGUACUGCUACUAGAUCUCCACAGGUUACCUUUAUUUUACACGCUGCCAUUAUUUUCGGGGUUAAAAGAUUUACAAAUGUACUGAUUGGCCUAGGUUACGUUUGACAAAAGGUUCACUCUAGAACCCCCUUGAAUUUUUAACCAAAAAUGUAACCAUGCUGACUACUAAGCCCCGCCUAUCGCAGAGGUUACCCGAGGACAAAUAAAGCGCACCACAAGUGUUUCAGACCAAAAGAAAAACACAGUGAUCCAGUUGGACCAUGGCGUUGAUAACAUUUUUUCCGUGUGAACCAAGAAAAAUGUGUUUAUUCUCGUCUGAUCAUUUCACAGAGUGAGGGGGGGAGGAAAAAAACGAAAAAAAAAUAUUUUAGCAAUAUUUUCAUUCUUUCAGGAUAAUAUGUGUGUUCUUGGGGGGUAAAACAGGAAGUGGGUGUUACACUCCAAAGUUUACCCCCCACUCUUGUUUUGACUCCUGUCGCGUCCUUGAUAUUCACAUUGUCUUAAGGUACUUUUUGUGAAAAUUUAUUUGAGGAAAAAUGACUUUGCUUUGUAAUUAUGUUGUUUUUCUUCUUGGUUUUUGUAUGAUCUCGUUCAUUUGUGGAAAACUGAUACUGAUGCUAUUUAUUUUCUAUUCGAUGAUGAUGGUCAGGUUGUGUGAGUGUGUGUGUGUGUUUGUGUGGCUGUGUGCGUGCCCACG